CUCACAAAGUGGCGACAGUCUGAAGUCAACUCUCUACUAGCUGUGCCGCCACUGCCAGACGUCACCGAGGCUGAGAGCCCGUUCUGUCUUUCUUAAGAUGGUGAAGGUGGCAUGGUUGUCAUCCACAAGUCCAGCACUACUAGGAGUAGGACGAGCAGGAAAUAUUCAGAUCGAGCACAAGUGUGUGUCUUCUGGCUGGGCCGCGAAGCAGCACGGCAGCUUUGUCGUCGCCAGUUCAAAGGAUCGUCAGGAGGAGAAGAACUUGUCAAGGAAGAAGUCAGGUGCCAAAGAGCAAGCACCGGUUCAGAUCGGCGGCCCUGGAAAACCGGGAACUGCAGACGCCUGGAUCCAGAAGCGCAUCGAACAAGACCUACUCGAGGCUACCCCAAUCGGAGUCGACGAGCAAGGCGAACCGAUCUAUCGGCGGCGGCAACAGGGUUACGUUAUCAUUCCUCCGGGCUAUUGGGAGUCGGGUCGCCUAGGCAUGGGGUGCGUGGAGGAGGGGCCGAGCGGUGAGGGCUCGAGCAAUGAGGAGGACGCAAGUUCCGGAGCGGAGCCAUUGAAGGAGGCCGGACCUCCGGAACAAGACCCUGACUUGCCAAUCAAGAAUUCAAAACCAGAAUCUCAGGCACCUGCUCAGCACGACGGCUCUGACCAAGCUGGGAGUGGGGCUUCCGCACCGGUCAAGGUUGACAGAGGAAAGAAGCGGCGGGAAGAUGCACGAGCCAGGAUCGAGAAGCGCCUCGAACAAGACCGACUUGAGGCUACCCCAAUUGGAAUCAACGAGCAAGGCCGCCCGAUCUAUCGCCGGCGGCAUGUGGGCUACGCUGCCAACAUUCCGGGCGACGACUAUUGGAACUCGGGUCGCCGUUGCGUCCUGGACGAGGAGGGGAAAGUGAGCGGCGAGGGCUCGAGUGACCUUGAGGACGCAAGGUCUGAAGCUGAGCAGUCGAACGAGGCCGAUCCUCUGGAAAAAGCCUCCGAAUAGAUUGGUGUGUUGGACAUGAGAGCAGUAAAAUAAGGAGACGUUCAAUCAUGUUUGGGUUUGUGUUCUCGCCGUGGAUCUGCCUUUCGACUAACGGUAACAAGGUCAUGAGAAAAGGGUGCGCAUGAAGACGCCGUUGCCUGGUUGCGUCGUUAUGUCGGGUAGGAACAGCUACUAAGA